AUGGAUCCCGUGUCAAUGGCAGGCCUUGCCAUCGGCGUGGCGUCGAUAGGACUUCAGGUGUACACGGGCGCUGUGCAGGGGAUUCAACUACUCAUCACGGCCUCGAAUUUCCCAGAUGAUUGCAAGUAUCUCAACCUUCGUCUGCGAAUGGAACAGCAGCGUCUGUUUGCCUGGAGCGAGACAUCAGGACUUCUAGACUUGGACGCCAAAAACAGGCAGAGAAUUAAUAUAGAUGCUGCCAAAGCCAACUUUCCUUUGCCGCAGCGGCGGAGGGACUUCGUCAAGAAAGCCAUGCAAAGCCUGAAGGAGACCUCAGAUGAUGUUGUGCAAAGGCUGAAAUGGGUGUCCUUUGACAAGACCGCGUUCGAGCUCCUACUGUCGAGAUUUUCUACUCUCAACGACAGCAUGACCAAUAUUCUGGACGCCCGGAUGCAGGUCGAAAUCCACCACACCGUUCAGGAUUCGAAUCGUGGGAUACUUCAGCUACACCAUAAAAUCACUGACCUGUCCCGGCUCGUCAUGGCCCUGAACGUCAAGCUGGAAGCCAGUUCCCCUCUGCCAGCGUCACAAAUGUCAGUCGCGCAAAAGCGUGCCAACGCUGAUGGUCUCCAGCUACUGUCUCAGCUAGCCAAGUUCAAGGCUUUCAACGAGUCGAUCGAAUCCAACAAGAAAACCCCAUGGGAUGAGGCCACGGCCAUGUGCUUGGAGUUGGGUAGCCCGGACCACCAAAAACAUCUCCUACUUGACCGGUCCAUGGUGCAUAUUGACCCAGCUGCCGAGGAAUCUGACGAGCCGAGGUGCGAAGCCACGCUCCGUCUUUCUGACGGCACAAGUAAAAAGGUGUGGGUGGAAUGGAAGGACUACGAACCACAGAGGCCGGAAGACCUUUCGCCCCCCAAGACCGUCAUCUGCGAACGGGUCCGAAAAUUGGCAGCGCUCUUGAGCCAUUCCCCGAAGCCCGAGGCCUUCAGGACCCCUCAUUGCCUGGGCUUCUUCGACAAGGCGAGCGCUGGCGGGGUGGAAGACGAGGAGGAAGACAUACUAAAUAUGCGCCUUGGGCUUGUCUUUGAGAGACCCCUGGACGAUGGUCUACAUACAUCCCUUCCGCCCGUCUCUCUCCGGGAUCUACUCCGUUCUGCUCGCAAGCCCCGCGUUACAGACCGAGUCAAGCUCGCCCAUGCCAUCAGCAAUUGUCUGCUGUACCUGCACGCCGUGAAUUGGCUACACAAGGGGCUCCGCAGCCACAACAUCAUCUUCUUCCGGGCGACCGACGGUCAAGUCGAUUACGCGAAACCGUACCUUUCAGGAUUUGACUUCUCCAGGCCUGCCCGAGCCGAUGAGAUGACCGACAUCCCCGGCCCCGGCGACGAUGCCGAGUACAAUCUUUACCGGCAUCCUCUCGCACAGUCGACGAACCCGGAGGAACGCGAGCGCUUCAAGAAGAGCUUCGACAUCUACAGCUUGGGCGUGUUGCUAGUCGAGAUCGCGCACUGGGCAAGCGUCGAGCAGGUCCUCGGCAUUGACAUGAACGCUGCGAGGGGGCGGCCAUCGAUCGCUCUGAAAGUUCGUGAAAAACUCCUGGGUCGAUGA